CAGGCUGUCAGUCACCUCGCGUCACGGUGCUUUGCUUAUCAAGGUCUGGGAGGAGGGCGCAGUCAAUGUGUAGAAUACAUAAAGAGGGGGGAAAUAGCCAGCGUUAUCUUCCCUGCAGGGUAAAGAUUUUUACUGUACCAUGUAAAAACUUCAGUUGCAAUCAGCCACCCUCUCUCCUGUUUCACUGCACCCCUCGUAUAUCGCAGGUUAACAACGAAAUGAAACGCAGAAAGAUUGCCAUCGCAGCUGGGUUUUGCUUCUCAUUCUUCCUGGGCACUUUACUGAAUUUGUUAUUUAUCCCCGGUUUUGAUCAUCACCAUCAGCAGCAGCAGCAGCGACAGCGUUUGGAGCACACUGCCCAGGACCAGCACAGCGUCGAGCCGCCUGUGUUUUAUAACCGGCUGACUGACCAAGACCUGUUGAAGCAAAUUAAAGAGAGGUACGAGGAGGUUGUCCGCUAUCGGCAGCAGUCAGCCCCUGCAGCGGCUGCGGUGAGACUGGCCAGACCGCUGGAAAGGCGCUUGAUGGACCUCAGGCAGAACAGCUCUCCGGAUCAGCCCCAACCCCAGCAGCAGCAUCCGCAGAGUCGCCAGGGUUUACACGGGAGCCAACCAUUAACUGUUCAAGGAGAAAGCACCUUCGCUUCCAGUAGCCCGCAGACUGACUUUCAAUUCCGUUCGCUUUCUUUAAGCUGUCCAGAUAUUAAUAACGCGAGCAGUGUCCAUUACUUGGGUUCUGGAUACACAAAAGCAGUAUACAAAGCGGUUCUUAAUCAGACCCUGGCGGUUGCCUUAAAAUCGGUGGACUUCGCAGGCCACGACAUGGAGAACUGCGUUAAACAAUUUGGAACAUUGAAAGAUUGCUACCGAUUGGCGUCGUACAAACUUGUCAAAGAGAUGACACUUUUACAGCGGCUACAGCAUUCAAAUAUUCUUAAGCUUUAUGGUUUUUGCUACCAGGACAGUAAUCACAUUGCUGAUACAUUGACCACUAUUACAGAGCUUGGAUCCCCUUUGGAGAUGAUUCAGCUUUUACAGACCUCAUGGGAGGAGAGAUUUCGAAUAUGUUUGAGUUUGAUUCGCUUAUUGCACUAUUUGGCCCAUUCACCCCUUGGCUCAGUGACAUUGCUCGACUUCCGUCCUCGCCAAUUUGUUAUUGUCGACGGUGAACUAAAAGUGACAGACUUGGACGAUGCCAGCAUCGAUGAGACGCCGUGUUUAAGCAACAGUGAUUGUUUUAUGCAGUUCCCUGCCCGAAAUUUCACCCUAACCUGCUCAUUGGAAGGUGUAUGUCAAAGGAUGAAUGAGAAGCGGAAUCUCUACAAUGCUUAUAGAUUCUUCUUUACCUAUCUCCUGCCACACAGUGCUCCUUCAAGUCUACGGCCGCUACUGGAUAAUGUGGUGAAUGCUACAGGGGAGUUACGUUGGGGCAUAGAAGAGACAUUGGCUCAGCUCGAGGAAGUUCUGUACCUGUUCAAGAGUGGUUCAUAUCUGCAGAAUGUCACCAGAAGCCAAAAUUCAGAAUACAAGCAACUGACUAAUGUUGCUAUACCUGAAGAGAAUUAUAAAUGUUGGCCAUCUUACCACCACGAGGGCUGUCUGUUAUCAGUUUAUGACGUCAAUGAAGCAAUGGAGAUCUGUGAUAAUCAUUCCCAGUGCCAUGCCUUUGUUUUAACCAAUCAGACAACGUGGACAGGCCGACAUCUUGUCUCCUUCAAAACCACUUCGAAUCACAUCAUGCCGGAUGUAGAGAAGAUAACAUUUGUGAAAGUGGCAGACUGAACACCGCAUGAGAUUUUGACAUUGAGUUCAAACUGUCCUGGCAGGGAUUAAAAGGCAAGGGCCGCCAUGGGCCAGGAUGCUCCUGCCACCAUCUGCGUGUUCCGAGGUGCAGGGUGAUGGGGUAAUAGGUAGAUGAUCACCAACACCUGGAAUUCUCAUGGCAAAACGUGCAAUACUGCAGGGUGGAACUGUGAACAGCCAAAUAAUGCUAAUCUGUACAUGGCUUGUCAAUGUAAGGUUACCCUUGUUUUUAAUUUUUGUCGACCUGACAAUCUCCUCCACUUGUUAAAACCAAUCCAGGGUGCCGAGAUAUGUAAGCUAAACCAUAGGUUGAAGUUUGCACAGUGUCAGGACACAGAAAUGAAGUGUCACUGUGCUCCUGGCAUCUUCAAUAUUAUAUCAUAACCUUGGGGUCUUAAUUGGUCUCAUUUCCUGAUGUUGUGCUCUCUUCCCUACUUUACACGCAGUCAGUUACUUUCUGUAAA